AUGCAGGAUCUCGCCUCUUGUCCGUCCGCUUUUGUCGAGAGGAAGAAAAAGAUUCUCGAACAACUUGCAAUUCCAGAUACAGAAUACACAGAUGCCUCACCCAAAGGGUCUGUAGAUGAGGGGAUCCGUGAUCUUAUUGAUGAGAUUAACCAACAAUCCGGAUUCGUUACUACCAGCAGCUGUGCAGGUCGUGUCAGCGUCUUUCUUGAGGGCCGAAGGGUUGCUGAGGUUGAGGGAGAAGAUGAGCAGAUAGCAGGCGUUGGUGGAAAAGGCGCUGGAGGGGCUUGGUUGUUCGUCUCCCAUGACCCAGUGCCUGAUACAGGCGAUAAGAACACAGACUGGAGCAGUAUGUUUGGACUUGAGGACUCUGCAUUGGCUCAGGAGACAAUCGGAGUAGUCAAGGAGAGGAGACUUGUUCAUUUCAAGUUCGAAGCAAUGAUUCUUCACGUUCUUACUGCAUCUCCCGAGCAUGCUCAAAUACUUCUGCGAUGUGGUCUACAAGCAGGCUUCCGCGAGUCUGGUGCCCUCAACAUCAUACCCAACGGCAAAGAUGCAGUUACUCCCAUGGUGGCUAUACGGACAAUGGGCCUUGCCUUUGAGUCUCUUGUCGGACAACAGGUCGACGGUCAUCGCCAACGUAUAGUCUCACCUGAAUAUCUUCAGACACUCGUGCAGAUCGCCAAUGAGCGUUUUGCUGAGAAUAAGAAACGCAUUGAGCGAUUCCAGAACGCCUUCAGAGAUGCUGUUUCUGCGCCAGCACCGCGUCGAAACCCAGAGGGACAGGAGUGGGAGGACGCUGCCGCCAGACGGGAGAGGAAACGAGCUGAAGGCCUACGGAAGAAAGCUGAGAUGAAGGCUAAGCAAGAAGCAGACACAAGUAAAGAGGACGAUGGCCUCACAAACGUAGGAGAGCAAGAACAGGCAGGGCUGCUCUUUGAGACUUAA